AUGACUUUACCCUUUUUCACCCGUCAAGAUGGGCUCUGCUUCUGCCACAAUGUGACCAGUCUAUUCGAGGCAAUCGGAAUCGCCUAUAACCGGAAUGAGUGGCGCCUCUUCACUGACAGCUCAUCCAGGAGCCUCAAAGCCGUGCUGCUCCAUACUGGUAACAAGUACCUGUCUCUUCCCCUGGCUCACUCAGUGCACCUCAAAGAGGAUUACAACAGCAUCAAGACCUUGCUGGACGCCUUGAAGGACACCAAGGCGCACUACCACAGGCGGGACUGGCCACAGUGGACCGAGUUCUCUGCGGGGAGGAACAACGUCAAGUGGGAGCCACUGGUGGACCCUCGGAAGCUCGUUGCACGUUCAGCACCAUCUGAGAUCACCGCGUGCUUUUUCCCUGUGUGGCCGCUGAAUUCUCCGCCUUCCAAAAGGCUAAGGUGCAGCCCUGCAAUCAUUCGCUCAUUAGCAUUUGCAGGUGGAAAGGCCUCCUCAAGAAAGCCUCUCUCGAGCCGGUGUUUAUACCAGCUCCUCCCGCACCUCCUAUUAGCACGGUUGGCCGCGUGCGGUGUGAAAGAAGUUCAACAUACGUGCAUCAUCUAUGCUGGCCAGACAUUUGGGGAAAAGUGCGAGUACGACCACACUCUGCCCAAAAGCGUGUGACCUCCAUAUCGACUGUGGUGCACCCAUUUAAAUCCAUCGUUCUGGGAGAUGGGAUCAAACUGGUGCCCUAGGGAUCGGUGGUCAAAUGCGCUAAACAUUACAACUACAGAAGCAUCCCCUCUGGGUUCCACCAUGAUACAAUCCCAGGAAGACAUCCCUACAACAGUGGUAGGCGAUCGUGUAGGUAACUAUCAACCAGCAAUCUUAAUUGCUCCCUCUAUGUAUCUUGGUGAUAUCUGUCUGCUAAUAUGUCUGUCUAUAGUUUUCUGGUUAGAUUUUAUGUCGCUAUUUCAUUAUACCUGAUGAUGAUUGCUUGUGUUGCAAUCGAAACGUCGUAUGCUAUUAUUUAAUUUAAUUUAUUAUUUUAUCUUUAGACGUGACUUAACCGAAAGAACCAAAUAAUUAUCAACCAGCAUUGUUAUCAUCAGCAACGACAGUGGUGGCAGUCACUACAGCAACGGUGAUAGCAGAACUUACAAUCACAUCGUUUAACAUGAUAUGCGGGCGACAUGAAUAAUAUAAUUGUAGUACCCACGACUCAGUCCUGUCGAUUCAUUCCUCCUACCGGCAGGCAUUGUGGAUACGAGGAAGCGAGUCGUAGAUAAUUGCCAGACACUGUGGAUUACAAAGGGUCACGGGUAAUAGCGCCACAGAUAUCCACGCUCUGUGGUUGGUACAGUUUAUGAGUGCGCUCUCGGCAGAUGGCUUGUUAAGGGGAGACGGUGACGCUCAUGCCCAUGUCAGGCAAUCAAUAUGCUGCGAUACUUUUUAGACAAUCUAAUUUAGGCUAUGCUGUGUGCCACUGUCAAAGCUGGGUUGGGACACGUCAUGGUGAAGCGUGUAACGUGCAAAUCAAACAACAUUGCGAAGUGUUUGUACGCGAGUGAAGAAACAGAAAAUAAAUGUACGUGCCAGCGCCUCUAUUGUAAUGAUUUCCAAGCAACACAAUAGGUGUCAGUUCAGAUGUUUGUACUGUUUCUCCUUUUGGUUUUGCAUUGACAGACACUGAAUGGUUUCAGUGCCCUGGGUUGAGAUAUUACAAGGGUAUUACUAGCUACACAUCGCCUACAUCAUUGAACCUCGAGAUAGGGUUUAAUGUACAAAACAAGCUGACGAGUAGAACGUACAAAUCCUUUUUGAUUAAACUCUGGCCAGGUGGCUCAGAAAUUCAAAGCAUAGAGCUGACACCAUUAAGAUCCUGGGUUUGAAGCUGUGCACUCACCCAUGAUCAAACCAGAGUAUCAGGUGCAGGAGUUUAGUGGUCUCUGCUUGGUCAUCUAUGGCUGCACAAAGAAACAUUUACAAAAUUAUGUGUAACUGAAUGUGUUUAUAUUCGAAUUUUAAUAAUAAAAAAUAUAUAUUUGA